AUGUUAAAUCGAUCGCCCGCAGAGCGUACUUCAACCGUUCCCACCGGAGUGCUAUUUAUAGAUUUUAAAUGCCCGUUCUUGUUUUCGUACACCAACGGUUUCGAGACUGAAUUCCUUAUCGUUUCCAGCGAAUACAUCUCCACCAUGCCGAGAAUAAACCACAAACACAAAGACGACGAAGACGAGCCGCCCAAAAAGAAGGGCUCCGACAGUUCCAUUAAGAGCGCCAACUUUCAACGGGGCGAAUUGAUCACGGACAUCAGCGGUGAAACGUGGGAAUUGGGAAAAGCGAUAGGCGUAGGGGGCUUCGGGGAGAUAUACGAAGCCUCGCGAAGCAUCGCCGGAAAAGUAUUAGAUAAUUCGUACGUGGCUAAAGUCGAAAAACAUUCCAGCGGACCUCUAUUCGCUGAAAUUAAUUGCUAUUUGCGUAUCGGAAAACUAGAAAACAUCGAGGAAUGGAAGGAGGCCAAAAAAAUGAGUAACCUCGGAAUGCCACAUUACAUAGGCUCGGGCUCUUGUUUCCACAAUAAAGAGAAGUACCGCUUCCUCUUGUUGCCGAAAUACGAAACGAAUCUGGAGCAAAUACUUAAAGAAAAGCGGAUAUUCAACAUCAAAACAGUAUCGAACGUAUGCCUGCAAAUACUAGACAUACUCGAGUACAUCCAUUCGCACGGAUACAUCCACUCGGACAUCAAAGCAUCCAACAUAACAUUGGCCACCACCAGAACUUCCCACCCAGUAAAAGACCGCGAAAAGACGACCGCCACGAGGCGAUACCCGAAGAGGCAAUUGAAGCCCGUUCGAAGGAAACCCGCGAGAGAUCUGAGACGCAACAACGUCGUCGACUACUCGGAGAACACCUCUCUCGACGAGAUGCUGCUCGAGCACGAGCUCAACAUGGAGCGACACCGAGCGGCCGCCACGAACGAUCGGACACUCGAUCGAGUGUACCUGAUCGAUUUCGGGCUGGCCUCGAAGUACUCGCUGUCGACGGGCGAGCACAAGGAGCCCGACAACCGGAAGGCCCACGCGGGGACGGUGUUGUUUUGUUCGAGGGACGCCCACAAGGGGGUGCCGUCGCGACGCUCGGACCUCGAGUGUUUGGCGUAUAACAUGGUGUAUUGGCUCACGGGGUCGCUGCCUUGGAUCGAAGAUCUCGAGCAGGUCGAUGAGGUCGAGCGCAAGAAGAUGAAGUGUUUCAGAUAUUUGAAGGAUUUCUUGAGUUUGUGCUUCGGGAGUAAUUAUCCGCGGUUCGUUUUGGACUAUUUCCAGUACAUGGAUAAGCUACAAUUGGAGGAAGAACCGGACUACGAACAUUGUCGCUACAUAUUCUCUAAAGCGAAGAAGGAUUACGGUUACAAAAACGACUGCAAUUUAGAUUUCGAUAACGUCGAAGGUUGGGGAAAUCCACCGAAGAAAGUGAAAUGUUACAAAUCGAAGGCGCCGGCUUGCGAUGGUUUCCUGAAGAGCAGCCCCCUGCAGACGUUAGAUUCGAAUAUAGUGUUCAAAAGGCCGAAGCUGAGGAAGAACAUCAAGGUUCAGAACGUCGUGAUGAGCUGGUCGAAGAUCCUCACCGAUCCGGAGAACAUCAUAAAGCAAGGUAGAGAAAGGAAGAUAACGGACGAUAACGAUGAUAAUUUUUCGUGUUUGACUUCGGAGGAUGUCGAAGCGAUGAAUCCUACGUACGCGAUGCUGGAUAUAUAUUACAGAUGCAUCGAAAAGAAUGAUUCCUAUGUACAGAGAACGGAGAGUAAUCCCGCACAACAUGUAGAAGGUUACACGCAGGCUAUGAUGUCGGUUUAUUUGAAAAUGCGCGAGAAAAACAAAUCUACGAACAAUAAAAGGAACUCGAGGAAAGUCAAUAACAAGCGGACCCCGAUAAAGAAGAAAGGGAGUAAUAAAAAGGUCCAAAACGAAGUGCAAGGCAAAAAAUCCAAAAUGCUGACGUUGAGAAGUUAUAGUUUAAGAGGUUGA